AGAAGGGCCCAUUGGCUGCUGUCGCGCUGCGGGCGAGGACCGAUUAGCCAUGCUUCUUCCACGCAUCAAACCUCGCUAUCCCUCCCUGUCCUUUGAUUCAUCCAUGAUCAGACGGCUAGAUCUUCUUCGUUCAAACCUCGUCUCGCACUAUGGAUGGCCCAAGCCUACGAGAAGAGAUUUUUAGCAUCCUUCUGUUUGCCACUUUGUGAUAUCAAGAAACUAGACAGUCAUAUUUAAGACAGAGAGAGAAAGACGCUCUCUCCAAUCCAACGCCGACCACAAGAAACGAAGAUUCUCGCUCGGUUUCUCGAUUCCGGUCCUCAAUCCGAUUCCAUCGAAGUUAGAAACCCGCCGCGAAGCGAUGCAAAGGGACAGACAGACAGAUCGAAGCUUCUCCUCCCUCUUCACCAACAACAACAGCGGCCCGAUGCUUCUCCAACGGCCCCUCUCUGCCUUGUCUCUCGCUCGCUCUCGCUCUCGCUCCACUUUAUCCCCGUUUCUUAAUCCCCCUUCCUCUCCCGUUAGAAGCAUCUUUAAGAAAUUAAAUGAAACAGUCAGAAGCAUCUUUAAAUCUUACGCUUCUCCCCGUUUCCAUCCGUUUCCAUCCGUCAGAAACGCUUCUUCCUUCCUCCCUUCGUGCGCUACUUCCUCUCGCCUCACAUUCGUUUUUUUUUGUCUCAUCGAAAUCGGUGGCGGUGGGGGAGAAAGGAAAGGAGGAGAGUAGAGCGAUGGGAGCGGGGUCGAAGCGGCCGAUCAACACCGUGGUGGGAUGGGUGACGCGGCAGCCGCCCAAGGUUAGGGCUUGCCUCUGCGUCGUCGUCAGCAUCGCCGCGCUCGUCUUCCUUGGCCUCGUAGUUCAUAACCACGACAACCUCUUCGUCGCCGCCGAAGCUGCUCACGCCGUCGGCAUCUCCGUCCUCAUCUAUAAGCUGGUUAAGGAGCGGACUUGCGCCGGGCUUUCGCUUAAGUCUCAAUAUUUAACAGCUUUAUUUUUAGCUGUAAGACUAUAUUGCAGCUUUAUUUUGGAAAAUGACAUACAUACAGUGCUAGAUACUGCAACACUUGCAACUACUCUUUGGGUAAUUUACAUGAUUCAAUAUAAAUUAAAAUCAAGCUACAUGGAAGACAAGGAUAAUUUUGCAAUUUACUAUGUGAUUGUUCCUUCUGUCCUGUUAGCUGUUGUAGUUCAUCCUUCAACGACCCAUUUUAUUUUUAAUAGGAUUUUCUGGGCAUUUUGUGUUUAUGUGGAGGCUGUUUCAGUUUUGCCACAGUUACGUCUUAUGCAAAACACUCAGAUUGUCGAGCCAUUCACAGCUCACUAUGUAUUUGUAUUGGGGGUUGCAAGAUUCCUGAGCUGUGCACACUGGGUCCUAAAGGUUGUGGAUACUCGUGGAGGCUUGCUGACUGCUAUGGGACAUGGUUUGUGGCCACCUAUGGUUCUUAUUGCUGAGAUUGUUCAGACCUUUAUCUUGGCAGAUUUUUGUUACUAUUACGUGAAGAGUGUAUUUGGUGGCCAGUUGGUGUUGAGGCUUCCUUCUGGUGUGGUAUGAUCUUCCAAAGAAGCAAUUCAAAUUCCAGAUGAUUUUUUUUCAUACUUGUCAUGUUAUAGAGAAUUUAUUUCAACAUUUACCAUAAUAAUUCCUACUUCAAAAAUAAUUAUCCUGGUUAUUUAAGUAGGAAAAAAAAAUCCUUUCCUCUAGAACAUUUUAAUACAUUGAAAGCUUGUAUUUCCUUCAAGAAUCAAGUCUUAAUAUCAAGCUUUGAUUCUAAAUUAUCUAAUUGGAAUUUGAUACUUUGACAAUA